AUGAACUGGGAUCCUCGUUAUUGCCUGCGAGAUCGCGAGGUGCUGGCCAUUCUGAAGCUGCUCAUGCACAUCGCGAGGAACUAUCCCGGCACCUUCCUCCACGGCCAUGCGCCCACCACGCUCCCCUUCAUCGCACGCGCGCUGGUGCUGCUGGGCGAGGCACCGCUCAGGUCACGUGUGGCGUGCAUUGUGGACGUGGUGUGGUCGUUGGCAGCACUCAUGCGCUCUACUGAUGAAACGGCCUUCGCACACCUUGUCUCUGACGUGCGCACGCUCAUUCAAGACACAGCUGCAGUGGCGAUGCAGCUGGGGAACAAGCAGGCGCAUGGCAGCCCCAGCAAGGAACGAGGGUCGCUACCCCCUGCACCACUGCACGCACUCCGUGUGUCGUUCCACUAUGCUGCAUCCUUGCCUCACGCUCUCCGCAACCAGCAGCAGCAGCAGCAGCACGCACCCAGCGCCUCUUUGCUGUCAGAUCUGCCCCCCGAGUGGGAACCAGGGGACGAGCAGGGUCGUGGGGUGCUGCUUCACGUGGCUGCGGAGGACCGCUGGCAGGCUGCUGCUGAGUUCGGUGCGCUUUUCCUCUCACGCCUUGCCCGCGACCAAGCGCGCAACUACACAAGGACGGGCUGCUACGACCAGAGCCUGGCGGAGUGCCUGCACGCACUCGCCUCUGCUGCCACGCACGGCACCCUGCGCGUGUGUGCAUCACUGCUGCUCUCGCUCUUCCCACACGCCCUGCUGCACACCUCCUGCCUGCACCUCCAGGUCGCUCUUUUGACCUGCCUGCGCCGCACCAUUCCUCUCCUCCCGCCCUCACCUCCCCCCUGCUCCUCCGCACUAACUGCACCGGCUGACUCCUCCUCGCCCCACUCCCAGCGCCUCCUGCUGAGCCUGCUCCCUCUCCUCGCCUCUCCCCCUCCAGUCACCACGCCCCUCGCUGCAUGCCUCUCUCUGCUGCUGCGCCGUCAUCCCGUGUUCCAGCACAAGGCCACGUUGCGUGGGCCUCGCCCUGCCACAGAGGAUGCUCCGAUUGGGGAGCAGUCCCGAGGGACUGAAGGCAGAGGGGUAGUGGGCGAUGAGGAGAGGGGCGCGGGUGAGAGCGCGGUAAAGGGGAAGAGGAAGCGAGGUGCGAGCAGUGCGAUGGGGAGGAGAGGGGCGGAGGAGGAAGCGGGUGGGGAGGACGGGAAGGGGCAGGAGGCAGGGGGGAAGCAAGCGAGGGGGAGCGCCAAGAAGAGGCGCUCUGGGAAGAGUGCAGUGAGCAGGCGGCGGGGGUCAGGUGGCGGAGGGACGUCAGUGGGUGGGUUGGCAGAGGAGGCAGAGGAAAUCGCAGGGGAUGAAGGGGUGAACCCAGCAACGGCAGAUGGGGGAGUGGCAGGGCAUGUGGAGCAAGCAGCAGCAGCAAGGGCGGCAGAGGCGAGUGGUGGGCUGGGAGGCAGUGAGAGACGUGGCGUGUCGUUCCAUGGGUUGUUGGUGCACGAGGAGGAGAUGACAUGGCAGGUGCAGCAGCUGAGCGCUCCUGCGGCGUGUGGCUGGGGCGAGAGGCACCUGCUGGUGGCGGUGGUGGAGAGAAUUCGAGAGGCAUGGCCGCCAGAAUCCGCACUGGAGCUCCUUGAUAGGCCGUAUCCAUGCAGUGCAGCUGCUGGUGGGGCCAAGGGAAACAACCCGCAGAGCGUGCACAUGGAGGGCUCGGCGUUAGCAGACAUGUCAGCAGAUGCGUGGGCAGAUGUGGAGGCGAGGCUGAGGGGUGUAGGUGUUGUGUGCUGUGCGGUGCAGCGCCUGCCAGGCACCAUGUGCUGGUGGACCACGGCCAAUGCACUGAGCGCGUGGAUGGCAUGGGCGUCUCUUCUCAUCACCGCAGCACCACCUGCUGCUUGCAGUGCAGGGCAGGCAGGGGGUGAGAUGAGGUGGUGGCAUGUGGCGCAGCUGUUGGUUGACAGCGCUGCUCGCAUCCUCGCCAUCCCUUGCCACAUCUCCUGUGCCCUUGAAGGUCAAGCUGCUGCUGUUGGUCCUCUCAGAGUCCGUGCUCUCCUGCCGUCUGCCCGCUUGCUGCUCACACAUGCCUGUUGUGGUGAUCAGGGGGGAAGUGGCAGCGGGGCGGGCAGGUUCAUCACGAGCCUUUGUGAGGUCGCUCUUCUGCCGUGGUCCCUUGGAAACCAACACAGCGCUCACAACAACAGCGUGCAAGGCGUGCAGGCACCUGUGGGGGCACUGGAGCUCAGCAAACUGAAUGCGCUCAGAGUAUCAGAGGCAGUGCUGUCAUGGCUGGUAGAAAGGCUUCAGAGCCAGGUGACGCGUGGAGCCGAGGGGGAGGAGAAGAGUGAGAAGGGAGACGAGGGAGAGCAGUCAGGGCGCAGUGCAGUGAAGCAAGGGCAGGCAGCCGAGGAUGUGGUGGUAGGCGCAUGGGCGACAGAUGUGGUCGGCACUGUGAGCAAGAUGCUGCAGGGGGCGAUGCAGGAUGAGCAUGCGGGCGUGCGCAGAGCAGCGGUGGAGCUGCUGGCCUUGCUGCUGUGGGCGGUCAAGGGGCUGUCACACCAUGCCUCGGUUAGGCCGCACACCACUGCUGCAGAAACAGGGAGGCACGUUGGGGGAAAGGCUGAGGCCGGCGCUGCGAGUGCGUGUGGGGGGUGGGGGCAGGAGUGGGUGGUGCCACUGCUAAGGAAUCUAGCAGCAGACAGCAGCGAGGAGGUGCAGGUCGCAUGUGCGCAUGCCCUGGGACCUCUCCUCUGCGCGCUCUCUCUCUCCCCCCUGCCGCCACUGCCCCAUCAUCGCACCCCUGCCUCCGCCCAUACACCCCUCCCCUUGUGCACUGUUUGCUCUCACUUCCUCCACCCCCACACACACAUGACCCCCACCAAUGCUGGCAGCCCUCUGCCAUCCAGCCCUGCACCCCACAACACCAUGAACCCAGCAGCACAGCAGGAGGCGCAUGAGGCAAGCAUGCCCCCUUGCACCGCUGCCCAAAGUGGCCUUUCCAUCCCUCCGCGUGACCUCUCAGCCAUCAUACCGUGCUUCGCUCGCAACGACAGCCCCUCCUCUGUGAAAGCCGCCUUUGCCGUCUCCCUGCCCUCGCUGCUGCUGCACGCCUCCACUGCCCACCUGCUGGCCCUCAAGCCCACCCUCCUCGCGUCCCUCAACGCCCUCUCCUCCCACCCCCACUGCUCCGUGCGCUGGGCCUUCCGCCCCGCCAUCCGCUGCUUCUUCCUGCCAGCUGUUGUGAUGCCAUUGGCUGGAAAUGUCAGUGCGGCGGCAGGGAACAAAGGGGGAGGGGAGGGAGGAGGGGCGGAGCGGGUGGAGGGGGAUUGGAGCAAGGAGGAGCGGCAGGAUGCAGCGUUGAGGCUGCUGAAGAAGUUCAAGGGGCGGCUGCAGAGUGGCGAUGAUGAUGUGCGGCGCAAGGAGGCUGUUAUGGGCGCUGUAGGGGAGAUUGUGGCCUGUGCUGCAGCCGACCCGCAGCUGCUCUUCUUCUCCUUCAUUCUCCUGGUGGAGCAGCUGGAUGCGGCGCACCUCUCCCUGCAGGCAGCAGCAGUCGCCACGCUCCGCUCCUCCUGCCACCGCCUCACGCACCCCCACCACCACACCCGCGCACCAAACACCAGUGCUGCCAGCGUCCCAUCGCCCUUGCCGUGCACAGCAGGCGCAGCAGAAGGGGCAGCAGGCACAGGCCCUGCAGGUGGUGGCAGUGCGAUGGGAGAGAGCAGUGAGGGGAGUGUGUGGGCGGUGGUGCAGCGCAUCCAGGAGGAUUGCUUUGACUACCUCGCUUCCCGCCUCGUCACCCGCCCUGCCCUCGUGCACGCCUUUGCACGCGACGUGCUGGGGUGGGACGUGGAGCAGCUUAUAACGAGGAUGCUGCCCGUGGUGCUGCCCAGCAAGGUGCUGGAGGCGGCAGUGGAGGAGGCGGGGGGUGGGUCACCGCAGCAGACGCAUGGAGAUGCCACGGAUGCUAAGGCGCUGGCGGUGCUGCAGGCGAUAGCGCAGGCAGAGGGCACGGAGCUGGCGCUGCUGCUGAUGAUGUGGGCGCACAAGAUCCUGGCACGCCUGCUGCUGUGCACGGACAGCCAGAGCCUGCUGCUGCUGCUGCACUUCUAUGAGGCGCACACGGGGCUGUCGCCCCAGGACGUGUUUGCAGGCAUCACAGGGCCGCUGCUGGAGGAGAUGUGCUGGUUUCUGGGGGACCACAGCAGCGAACUUGCGCUCAAACGGGCGAGCCGAGUGUUCCCGACGAUAAGGGAGCUGGUGGCGCUGACAACGGGCAGCGAGGCCACGGAGGACAGGGCAGCGGACUUCCUGUGCGCGCACCUCAUGCGCAUCCUCAACGCCCUGCACCGCUCCUCACUGUGCCUGCGCUCCGACCCACCCCGGCAAGAGCAGGCCCUCAGGGUGAUCGGGCAGCUGGCCAAGCUGGCCGGCCCCAAGCGCCUGGCGGCGUUUGCGCCCAAGAUGUUUGCGCUGCUGGCGGUGGGCGUGGAGCAGGGGCAGGCGGAGAGCGUGCGCAGCACAGGGCUGGACGUGUGGCUGAGGUUUGUGCACACGCUGGCGGAGUAUGCACCGGGCGUGCUCAGGAGCAUGUGCUCUCAGAUCGCCGUCGCGCUGCUGCCCUGCUUGGAAGGCCCUGAAGGGGGCUUGGAAGACGAAUGGGCAGGUGCGGGGGACAGGGCGGUGGGGGAGGGGGAUGAGGACGGGGAUGUGGGGCAGGGGAAGGGGAAGAGCCGGGAUGGGAGUUCGAGGGGCAAGAGGGGGGGGAGGAGCAGUGAGGGGAAGAGUGGUGUGGUAACUGGGGGGGGGUUGUCGGAGAAGGAGGUGAAGGAGCUGGCGAUGACACAGCGGGCGGUGAGGGCAGCGCAGGGUGAGGAGAUGCUUCGGCCGCACUUGCAGAAAGCUGCUGCGGUGUUCAGUGCGCUCGUGAUUGAGCACGGCGCCAUCCUGGGCUCUCACCUGCGCGCCCUGCCGCUUCUGCCCGACCUGGGCGCCCUGCGACACGUGAACGGUGUGAUUCAGGAGGCGAGGGGGCGGCUGGGGGUGCGGGAGAAGGUGGUGCUGACAGUGGCGGGGCUGGGGCACGAGUCCAUCAGCGUGCGCCUGGUGGCCGCCGACGGCAUGAAGCGGCUGCUGCAGGAGCAUGGUGGUGCGGUGAGUGCCAUGUUGGUGAGCGAGCGAGAGGCGGACAGGGAGGCAGUGUGCGCGGCCGUGGCAGCGCUGCUGGCGGGCAGUGCAGAGGAGUCGAAGACCGUGACGAGUCACUUGCUGAAGCUCGCCUGCGCUGAGUGCCUGGGCGAGCUAGGCGCCGUGGACCCUGCUAGGCUCUCCACUUCAGCGGGGGUCAAGGCCGCCAUGCUGCAAGCACACACAGGGUCACAGCAGGCGCAGCAGCAGCAGGGUGUGGGGCAGGGGUGCAGGUCUGCAUGUGCACUGAUGGUUGCAUGCGACGAUGAGGAGCUGGCAGCAGAUCUGAUUUCGCUGCACCUGGCACGUGUGGUGCGUGCCGCCACGGACGCCGACGUGCAGGACGCCGCUGCGUGCGCCAUCCAGGAGAUGCUGCGCGUGUUCGGGUGCCGGCGCAGCCGUGAGGAGGAGGAGGUUGACGAGGAGGAAAGGAGAGCGGAGGCUGAUACGGCGGAGGCAGCGGCAGAGGGACAGGAGGGAGGGGGGAAGGGGAAGGGGAGGUGGAGCGAGAGGGGCGUGAGGCUGUGGGAGAGGCUGCGGGGCGAGGUGAGGGAGGUGAUCUCGCCGUGCCUCACGUCCCACUUCAGCCUGCAGCGCCUGCCAACACGCUCCUCUGCCACGAAACAAGAAUUGCAGCAAGGAGGGCCCGCAGCUUCAGGUGUGGGUGGCGCUGGAGAUUUCUCGAGGGCGGUGUUUCGACCAGGGGCGUUGUUCCGGCGGUGGCUGUACCGGUGGAUGCGGCGCAUGGUGGAGCAGGCAGCGGGGUUCAGAGGUGGCAUCUUUGCUGCCUGCACCGGCAUCCUGCAGUUUGACGCGCCCACUGCUCUCUUCCUCCUCCCACACCUCACCCUCAACGUGCUCUGCUUUGGCAGCGACGAAGCUAGGGGGGAGGUUCGGGAUGAAAUUCUGGCUGUGGUCACCUGGGCCUUGACGCCUGGAGGUGGAAAAGGGCAGGGGGCAGGCCCUGCCGCUGGUUCUGCUGUUGCUGCUGGUAACCGUGUCACAUCUGCGUCCAGAACCGAUGGGGGUGCAGCGUCAAAGGGCGAUGCGAUGGUACUGCAGGCGGUAUUCUCGCUGCUGGACUGGGUGCAGUCGUGGUUGGAGCAGGCGAGCAGCGUGGUGGAGCAGGUCAAGAUGGCAGUCGUCUCUGGCAGACCCCCGCCCUCUGACGUCCUCUCCUCUCCCCUCCUCGCCUUCCUCGCCCUCCUCUCUCCCUCCCCACCACCGGCUGCAGCAACAGCAGCCACAGCGCCAGCACGGACGGCAAAGUUUGUCUGCUCUGCAGCGCAGGUACGGCAUGCGGAGGAAGUGUGUGGGCGGGUGCGGUGGGUGGUGGAGAGGGAGGUGAGCAAGGAGGUGUUGGCGCACGCGGCCCUGCGCUGCCAGGCUUAUUCCCGUGCCUACAUGUACCACGAGGCUAGUGUCAGGGAGCGGUCCGGCACUCUCAACCCUGCUGCCGCUGGGGGUGGCGCCAAGCCUACGCUGCCGAGCCUGGCUGGUUCGGAGGCGGGUCCGGGGCGAAUGGACAAUGGUGGGGCGGUUACUGGGGAUGGAGCAGAUGCAAGGGAAUCAGGCAGAGGAAACGGAGGAGGUGGUGGUGGGAGUAGGGAGGAGCAGCGCCAGGGAGGGGCGUUCCGCGAUGCUGAUGUGUCGCUGCUGCUGGAGAUCUACCGGUCGCUGGAGGAGCCGGAUGGCAUGCGCGGAUUGGUGAGUCUGCGUGGGGCAGCAGGGGCAGGGGAGGCGAGUGGCGUGAGAGCGAGGGACGAGAUGGUGAUGUGCGAGCAGGAGGGGCGCUGGGCCGACGCGCUCACCCUGUACGAGGACGCCCUGGGGGGCGCUGCUGCAGGGGGGGUUGCCAUGGCUGGAGGCGCGUUGGCGGGUGCAUGUACAGGCGACAGUGGGGUGCAGGUGAUGCGGAGACGAGUGGAGGUACAACAGCUGCCGCCGGGGGGGGUGGGAGAGGGGAAACUGUGUGAGGAAAGGGCCACGGAGUAUCCGUGCGAAGAGAAAGCAGUGGAGCAGCAGCAGGCGAGCAUGCGGGUGGGUCUGCACGUGGGGCUGCUGGGGUGUCUGCUGAGCAUGGGUCACCUGCACGCCACGCUCACCCACGUGGACGGGCUGCUGCUGCGCUUCCCCCUCGCCGCCCCCACAUGGGCGGCCACGGGCGUGCAGGCAGCGUGGCGCCUGGGCGCAUGGGACCUGCUGCAUGAGUAUGUGGCCGCAGCUCAGCAAGACGCUCACCCUGUGCCACAGCAUGACGAGCAGGCAAUGUCGGACGGACUGGGUGCAGCGAGGGUGGGGGGAGCGGGGUGGCAGGAGGAGUUUCAGCUGGGGCUGGCGCGAGUGGGGCUGGCGAUGCGGUCAGCAGCGUGGGCGCAGUGCCGGGAGGAGGUGGUGCGCACGCGUGCAUGCGUGCUGCCGGCGCUGGCUGCUGCAGCUAUGGAGUCGUACGACCGCGCCUACCCCGUGCUCGUCAACCUGCACGCUCUGCACGAGAUUGAAGCAUGUAUACCCGUUAUAAGCGCGUGCUCUGCGGCUGCAGCUGGUGGGGGCGGUCAAGGGGUCAGUGGUGCGUUGCUGGGGAGUGGCGGGGCCAGGCUGGGGAGGUUGCAGGGGGGUGGGGGGAGGUCUGGAGCACUGGGACUAAUUGGAGACGCAGCAUCAGCAGUAGCACCAGGAAGAGGAGUGGACAACAGUAUACAAGAGUUUCAAGCACAAGUACAAGAGAGGCUUCAGGCCUGGCCGAGCCGACUGCAUGCAACCCAACCAAGUUUCAAGGUUCGGGAGCUGGUGCUUGCGGUUCGGCGCAUGCUGUGCCAAGCUGCCAGACUUGAAGAUGAGGUUGGGCGAAACUGGCUCGAGCUCGCCCGUACCUGUCGCAAGGCUGGGCACUGCCAGGCUGCCACCAGGGCUGUGCUGCAGGCUCGGGCGCUGGGAACAGCAGGUUCGGAAGUGGAGGCAGCCAAGGUGCUGUGGGCGUCAGGCAGAGAGUACCAGGCCACACAGGAGCUGCAGAAGUUCUUAACCGUUGCCGAGGCGGCUUGUACAGGGGAUAACAACGCAGGGCAGGAUGCUGCUGGAGGAGUAGGGCGGGGAGGAAGCGGCGGAGGGGCGGAAGGAGCGAGGGAUACGUGGCAGAUGGCACGGGCUCUCCUGCUGCUGGCACGGUGGUCGCACGAGACGCGGCAGAAGCAGACAGCGGACGUGGUGCACGUGUACGAGCGCGCUGCACAGCUGCAACCGCAGUGGGAGAAGCCCUUCUUCUUCCUCGCGCGCUACUUUGACGACCUGCUCGUCGACGCGCAGCGCCGCCAGGAGGAUGAUGGUGGAACUGCAGUGGCAGCAGUGGGGGGAGGGGGAGCAGGGGGAGGUAAGGGGCGUGCAGGGAACGGGGCGGGUGGUGGGAGGGGCGUGAGCAGUGCAGGCACGGGCGGGGUGGGGGGCAGCAGAGGAGCGGCGGUGCGGCUGGGUGUGGAGGAGAGUGCGUGGUGGCAGCACGUGCACGAGGCGCUGCUGUGCUACUCCAACGCGCUGCACCGCGGCACGCUCUUCCUCUCACAGGCCCUGCCGCGCCUCCUCACCCUCUGGUUCGACUUCGGUGGCCGCUUCCAGGAGAGCGCUGUGCGUGGCAACGCUGCGCUCAAGGCGGAGAGCGCACGCGUGCACAAGCUCAUGGCGGACUGCAUUGCGUCGCUGCCCUCGGCACACUGGCUGGCUGCGCUGCCGCAGCUCACCUCGCGCAUCUGCCACCCCAACCCCACCGUGUGCGCACUGCUCAAGGCGCUGCUGGUGCGCCUGCUGACGGCGCACCCGCACCCCACGCUCUGGACGCUCAUCGCUGUGUGCAAGUCUGCUGUGCCGGCGCGCAGGGAUGCCGCCAACGAGGUGGUGUCUGGGGCCAAGGCAGCGGCCAGAGAGGAGGGCGGUGCUGCUGGCACAAGCCUCCUUGCUCUCAUCUCAGAAUUCACGUCGUUUGCAGACGCCAUGAUUCGGCUGUGUUUCCACGGCAGCACGGGGUCAUCAGCGCCGCGCAUGAGGGCGCUCAGCAUCUCCUCUGACUUCAGUGCGCUCAAGCGCUCCAUGCCACUCGCUGUUGCACUGCCCACUCAAGCCGUCCUUGCUGCGCCCUAUGCCGCUGCCAGCAGCAGUGGUGGCAGCAGUGGCGGUGGGGAGGGCGAGUGUGUGACCAUUUGUGGGAUUGCGGAUGAGGUGGAGGUGCUGCAGUCGCUGCAGCGCCCCAAGAAGGUGGUGCUGGUGGGCAGUGACGGGAGGCGGUACCCAUUCCUGUGCAAGCCCAAGGACGAUCUGCGCAAGGACGCGCGCAUGAUGGACGUCGCCGCGCUGCUCAACCGCCUGCUGCACCGCGCCCCCGAGGGGCGCCGCCGCGCGCUGCGCCUGCGCACGUUCGCCGUGCUGCCGCUCACAGAGGACUGCGGCAUGGUGGAGUGGGUGCCGCACACGCGCGGCUUCCGCCACGUCAUGCAGGACUUGUACGCGGCGCACGGGCUGUUUGACCGGCAGAAGACGCUGGGGCAGGUGAAGCGGCUGUACGAUCAGCGCGCAUCCACGGGACAGAGCGAGGCAGACCUGCUGCGCCGCCACGUGCUGCCGCUCUUCCCCCCGCUCUUCCACCGCUGGUUCCCCCGCGCCUUCCCCGACCCCUCCGCGUGGCUGGCGGCGCGCGCAGCGUUCACGCGCAGCUGUGCGGUGUGGUCCAUGGUGGGGCACGUGGUGGGGCUGGGCGACCGCCACGGGGAGAACCUGCUGGUGGACGGCGCCAGUGGCGAGUGCGUGCACGUGGACUUCAGCUGCCUCUUCGACAAGGGGCUGUCGCUGCAGCAGCCCGAGCUCGUGCCCUUCCGCCUCACUCAGGUGCGUGCACUGCGCUGCUGCUGCUGGGGAGGGGACGUGUGGUGUGUGCUGGUGGGCGAAGCUGGGACGGCGCAGAGAUGGUGGGUGGUGGGUGAUGGGGGAUGUGGUGAUAACAUGGUGGACGGGUUUGGCAUCAGUGGGUGUGAGGGCAUGUUCCGGCGCUCGGCGGAGAUCACACUGGCGCUGCUGCGCUGCCACCGCUCCGCGCUCAUGUCCGUGCUGCAGACCUUCCUGCACGACCCCCUUGUCGAGUGGACCAAGCCCCACCGCUCCUCCUCCUCCUCUGCUGCCGCUGCUGCCGCUGCAGCUGCUGCUGCUGGGGGAGGAGGUGUGGCUAUGGGCACGGGGGAGAUUCAGAAUCCUUAUGCACAGAAAGCACUGUCGAACAUUGACUCACGGCUGCAGGGCGUGGUGGUGGGCGUGGCGGCAGCGCCAUCGCUGCCACUGUCAGUGGAGGGGCAGGCGGAUUGCCUCAUACAGCAGGCCACCUCCAUUGAGAACCUUGCCCGCAUGUACAUAUGGUGGAUGCCCUGGUUCUGA